AUGUGUUGGGCACCAGUCCAGGGCAGACCGUUCCAGUGCCUGUCCUGUCCCGCCGCCUUCACCUGCAAGCAAUACCUGGAGAUACACACGCGCACGCACACCGGCGAGCGCCCCUAUCAGUGCGACAUCUGCCUCAAGCGCUUCACGCAGAAGUCCAGUCUCAACAUCCACAAGCGGACGCACUCGGUGCAGGGCCGCCCGUUCCAGUGCCUGCAGUGCCCGGCCGCCUUCACCUGCAAGCAGUACCUCGAGAUACACAACCGCACGCACACCGGCGAGCGCCCCUACCAGUGCGACGUCUGCCUCAAGAGAUUCGCGCAAAAGUCCACACUCAACAUACACAAACGAACGCACACAGGGGAACGUCCAUACGCAUGUGAUAUUUGCCAAAAACGGUUCGCGGUGAAAAGUUACGUUACAGCGCACAGAUGGUCGCACGUGGCGGACAAGCCGCUGAACUGCGAGCGGUGCUCGAUGACGUUCACGUCCAAGUCGCAGUUCGCGCUGCACAUCCGCACGCACUCCAGCGGGCCCUGCUACGAGUGCAGCGUCUGCGGACGCACCUUCGUGCGCGACAGCUACCUCAUCAGACAUCACAACCGCGUGCACCGCGAGAACCACAGCAACGUGUCGGCCAACAGCAUCGGCACCAUCAACAGCGUGGCCGCCAGCGCCAACAACGGCGGCUUCGACUCGCCCGGCGUCUGCGACCUCAGUUUCGUGCCAAUGGUGAACCGCUACAUGACGUCGCAGGGCACGCAGGUGUCGAUGCAGGACUCGCAGAGCAAGAUGUCCGCCAUGUCGCCGCAGUCCAUCGCUUCCAUUUCGUCCCCGCCGCCGCCGCACACGCCCACGCCGCAGCCGCAGAUGUCGAUGCGUCUCGCCGAU